ACAAAUAACACAUUUUUCGCCGGGGUUGGCACGCCAUAAUAUUAUGUGAUCUAUCAUGACUGUUCCUUAUUCUAGUUGAACCCACUCAUUUCAUGCAAGCACAUCUACGGGCUGAUUGCGCGAUAUGAUUUUGCAGGCCCAACUGCGCGUUCGUAGAUAUUUCAAACAAAUAGGCUACACCACAUUGAGCAAUAGGCCUGACAUAUACCGGUAAUAUCAGAGCAAUUAUGUAACACGAAUCUCAUGAUUUUUUUUCACUCACGGACCGCCGUUUCAGAACCGGGAAUAUAUUUAUACAGAACGAUGGAUAAUCAUUAACCAGCCAAAUACUCUACAUCAGUCUGACCAAGAUACAGAAAGCGAACUAAACUGCCCUCCAUUGGAGUAGGAUGUUACUAGCGUCUGCCGUAGUGGUAUGGGAAUGGCUGAACGAGCACGGACGCUGGCGGCCUUACAGCCCGGCCGUCUCUCACCACAUCGAGGCAGUCAUCCGCAACGACCCGCGGGGUGGUAGUGUUGUAUUAGGCCAGGUGGACACUCGUCUCUCGCCCUACAUCAUUGACUUGCAUUCCAUGCACCAGUUCCGCCAAGACACAGGUACUCUACGGCCUGUGCGUCGCAGCUUCUACGACCCAACUUCAGCACCGGGCCAGGGCUGGCUGUGGGAGUGGGAGAACGACACCGGCUCCUGGACCGCCUACGACACGGAGGUGGGCAUCGCCAUCCAGGCGGCACGCGACCGCCAGCAGCCCUGGCUGGACCUGGCGCCGCUGGGCUUCUGCUACCUCAUCGACUUCCAGAGCAUGACCCAGAUCAACGGGCAGACGCAGCGCUGCAGGCGUAUCCAGCGACGCUCGGACCUAGCCUACCCGCUGGUGUCGGGGCCCUUGCCCAAGUCCCACCACGCCUGGGGGCCUGCUCCUGGGGGACUCCUGGGGGUUGGGGUGUCUGGAGUGGGCAUGGGGCUCGGGGUGAGUGGAGGCGGGACUGGAAAUGGCAGUGCCUACCCAAGCGGCGCCCUGCCGGCCUCGGCUAUCACGUCUCUGGGCCAGCCGUGUGCGUGUCAGCAGUGCAUGCUGGUCCUUAGCGUCAAGGCGGGCGCCAUGUCGGCUCACACCCUUGGGAGGAGGCCUCCCCAGAACAAACCGCCUAGCCCCAAAUUUGGGGGCUACUCUGCCAUGGGGGGGUCGUACUCGCUGACCCUACCCCGCCCCCCGACCCUGUCCAGGUCCCUUUCCCCUCACAGGACAUCUGUGGGGGGGGCUAGCGGCGGGGGCGGGGUUGGAGGCGGCAGCUUUGCCCACUCGCUGUCCCUCCUGGGCUCGGCCACGGCCGCCCUCUCCCUCAACUCCACCCGUCCGCCUCCCCCGCCUCUCCCCCCUCCGCCCCCGCCCCCGCCGCCGCCCUCCUCCGCCGCCUCCAGCGCCACCUCCCCGCCGCACCCCUCCUCCUCCGCCUCUCUCUCGGCCUCCUCCGCCCUGCCGCUGGGGCCCUCUCCGGCCCAGCCCCUCAUUUCCACCGCUGCCUCCUCCUGUACGCCCUCGCCGUCCGCCCGCGUCCUCGGCCCCGUGUCUGCGGCCGCAGCCGCCUGCGCUGCCCCUCUACCGCCCCGCGCCAGCCUGGCAGGGCUGAGUCGACCUGCCCUGCAACGCAUUGCCAUGGCCCAGUCCCGUGCCCUCAUUGCGUCUGGAGUGCCAACAGUUCCAGUGAAGAACCUGAAUGGAUCAAGUCCUGUCCACCCUGCGUUAGCAGGUAUUACAGGGAUCCUGAUGAGUGCAGCUGGACUUCCUGUCUGUCUGACCCGCCCUCCUAAGCUUGUGCUCCACCCUCCUCCUGUCAGCAAGAGUGACAUCAAGCCAGUUCCUGGUCUGGGCCACUGCUGCCGUAAGACCACCAAGAAACAGGCCCGCAAAGGCAAGACCCCCGAGGAGGUUGUAAAGAGGUACCUUCAGAAAGUCCGCAACCCCCCUGAAGAGGACUGCACCAUCUGCAUGGAGGCCUUGGCGGGCCCCUCGGGGUACAAGGGCCCCGGCGUGGGUGGCAUCUCCCGGGCAGAGUCCGUGGGUCGCCUGGCGCAGUGCGGCCAUCAGUACCACCUCCAGUGCCUGGUCGCCAUGUACAACAAUGGCAACAAGGACGGCAGCCUGCAGUGUCCCACCUGCAAGACCAUCUACGGGGUCAAGACGGGGAACCAGCCCCCUGGCAAGAUGGAGUACCACGUCAUUCCCCACUCCCUGCCCGGUCACCCAGACUGCAAGACCAUCCGAAUCAUCUACAACAUCCCACCUGGCAUCCAGGGCCCUGAGCAUCCGAACCCGGGAAAGCCCUUCACCGCCCGAGGAUUCCCCAGACACUGCUACCUCCCUGACAGCGAAAAGGGACGUAAGGUGCUGAGGCUCCUGCUGGUGGCGUGGGACCGUAGACUGAUCUUCUCCGUGGGAACUUCCAGUACCACGGGCGAGUCAGACACGGUCAUUUGGAACGAGGUCCACCACAAGACCGAGUUUGGCUCCAACCUGACGGGUCACGGCUACCCGGACCCCGGCCACCUGGACAAUGUUCUGGAGGAGCUUAAGGCCCAGGGCAUCACAGAGGAGGAGUGCCUUCCCAGAGACUGAGCUGGACCAAUAGGGAAGCAGUAGGAUAGAGACUUUUUGAAGCAGUCCAUAAACAAAGAUGCUGAAAAACAAUGGAACUGAGCAGACAAAAGAGAAAGCGUAAAAAACAAACAAUGAACAAUGACGUGUGUGCAAAUUAUAACAUGAACCACUGAAAUUACUGGGGAAACCAGAAAAUAACUGAAUAAAAUAACAGAUGAACCAGUGAAGAUGGUCAGCCAGGAAAACGAAAAACUGACAUUACAAAAUCUGAGGUUGAGGUGAGGUUUCAGGAGUGCUUACUGAGAUCCAAUAGUAUUCCUCCGGUACACAGGUGGGCUAUGACUUGGUUGCAUGGGUCAGUUUUACAUUAGACAGGAUAAUUGUUGUUUUUUCUGUUGUUAUAAUGGUGUCCGAUUGAAAAACAUCAUUCAGUGAGACAUUUAGGACCACUGUGCACAUACAUUUCAGUGUUGGACAAAACAUGUCUUUUGUACUGUGAGAGUUCUACUACUAGCCUGAUAUCAAGAAUGUAACUACUUUGACUUGGUCGGUUGAAUAGGUAAACUAAGUUUACCAGAGCUGCUGCUAUGUGGAAUAAAGAAAUAAUUGUUAGGGAGAGGUCAAAAGGGGUGAAAGAUAGCGAGAAUGGCAUUAUAUAGAAUUCAGAGGAUAGAAUAUGGGGGGAUUUUGGGGCGUUAAUCUACAGGCAGUAUUGUAACAAUUUUCUUAUUGCAGGUGUAGGCCACUAUCAAAAUCUACUUUAUUGACUGGACAUGUGUGAGCAUGGAUGUUUACUGCCAUCUAGUGGUACUUAUCAAGAAUUACAUUCCCUUUUUACCCUUGGUUCAGUAUUUUAUUGAUUACUGUAUCAUUUUGAAGAAUGCAUUGCUGUACAUUAUAAAUACUUGACAACUUGUUUGAGUUUAUGCCAUUUAUACAUUUCAUUUCUGUUCAUAGUUUUAAAGUUGUAUGUACGCUGUCAUUCUUUUCUUGUGACCAUUACGCAGAAAACGACUCCUUUUCUCAAAAUCAAUUGGCAGUUGGUGUGCACCCCAAUUGCCUGAAGGAAUCAUUUUAUUUUCUCUGUAUAAGGAUACUUAUGAUGGAUGGAUAUAUCAUGUUCACAGUCCAUUCAUGUGUACCCCAGAAGGAGUGAAGUCAGAUUAAGACCCUCUGUGAGAUGUCAGAAUGAAAUCAAUACCAUGGUCAUGUCUUUUGUGAUUACAGUUAGACUAAAACAUUAGAUGACCACCGUUUUGUGAAACCAACAAUACAAUCUUUAGCUGGAUUAGAUCAAUUCAAAUCUAAUGUAAAAUCUUUAAUUGUAUUUAUUUAAAUGCUGGUACUUUAGAAUAUUAUUAAUUUCUCACCUCAUCUGUUUCUGCCAUCAACAGGUAUUUUGUGACAUAUUUGCGCUUGUUAUCGAUCCACCUUUGGCCAAGCACCCAGUCAGUUUGUCCUCAGUGGACAAAUGAUGUGGUACUGUUAUUGAAAAUGUGUAUUAGUAUGUGUUGACAUACCAGUGUUGGCCAACGUUAAUAGUUGAUAUACUUUGUAUACAUGUAUGCCUUGUAUGUAUAUGUUUAUUUACAACAUUUUACGUUACAUUUUUUUAAGGUAUGUGUAUAUUACAGAUCUGAUUUAUUUGAUUGAAUUGUUGUUUUGAUUUUCUAUUACGUUUUUAUUAUUUUUUAUUUGGCUGUGUCACUUCAUGAAGCCUACAUACUCAGCAAGGGACAGCUGUAUAAUAACGUGUGUUACAGGGUGCUGUCUUUGACCUGUCCUGUGGUCAGAAACACCUUGGAUGACUGCAGAUGGAACGUGUAAUGUAGUUUCUUCAUGUCAUGUUCUAAAGGUUACAUUCCGUCACUCCACCGCUCAGUUUGGUUUGUGAAACGUCCUCUUCUUGUUACUGUUCAACUCUACAUAUACAUCGAUGACAAUGAAGUGAUGGUUGAAAACUUAUGACCACUUUGUAAAAACUGUUGAUAAAAAAAAAAAAAAAACUUUGUACAAGCUGUUAAUGGAGUGAAUGAAUCAAGUGAUGAAAAAUAUGACGCCAGAAA